AUGGGGAAAAGGAAGAUUGCGAUUGAGAGGAUUGACAAUUUAUCGAACAGGCAAGUGACUUUUUCAAAGAGAAGAAGUGGAUUGAUCAAGAAAGCAAAGGAGCUUUCGAUCCUCUGUGACUCUCAAGUUGGUUUGAUCGUCUACUCCAGCACCGGCAAGCUCUAUGAAUACGGAAGCUGCAGCAUGAAGUCAAUUAUUGACCGAUACAAUAAACAAAAAGAGGAACAUCAUCCGCUUAUGAAUCAAGCUUCAGAAGCCAAGUUUUGGCAGAGAGAAGCAACGGUCUUGAGGCAAGAACUGCAACAAUUGCAGGAAUUGCACAGGCAAUUGAUGGGUGAACAACUUUCUGGUUUGGGCAUUAACGAUUUGAAAAAUUUGGGAAAUCAACUGGAGAUGAGUUUGAAGAAUGUCCACAUCAAAAGGGUAUGA